GAUGGAUUAUAUGGACUCCGACCCCCCGGUAUGCCGACUACUAGGCCUGGACAGCGGCCCACACACGUUUAGCGGAUAUCAUUAAUAUUAUUGUACAUUAUUAUUAUUAUUCAGAUGUUCUAGAUCAGCUUUUUAUACUAUCAGUCCAUUUAUGUAACCGGGUCUGUCAGGCCCAUAUUAGAGGCCCAGACCCGGAUUUUCCCUAUAUAUACUCCUUAUAGGAGGCUUGUAACUCAUAUAACCAAUACUCAUUCUAUACACAUUUCCUUCUUCUUCAUCAUUUCUUCUUCACUCUUGUUCAAUUUCUCCUGUUUAUACAAUAUGGGUAUCAAUUAUCCAACAAUGGUGCUCUCGUUGAGAGGUUUGAACACAUCAAGUGAGAAAACCUCCCCAAAACAACCCAAAAAUCUUCUCAAUCACAAAAAUCCACAAAAAUCCGUUCUGGAAAAUGAAAAAAAAAAUGAAGAAACUACAAUUUCAGAUCUGAAAAGUCCCAAAUCUGACCGGAGCGUUGGUCGCCGUCCAAGCCCUUGCCCACCGUUGCACCUGGUCUGGCAACUAAAAUUGGAGGCCGCCGGCACCGCUCCAAGUCAAGCUGCUGCUCCGGAUCUGAUUCACUCAAGGUGGUCCACCAUUAAUGGCCGCCUGAGAGCUUCUGGGAGAGAUGAACGACCCCGCGUACAUUUCUCUACCUCCGUCAUGGUGUCGCUCGCCUGGCUUACGGUCGCCCCACCACCACGGCGGUCGGAUCUGGAAACGGGCUAUCAGUCGCAGCUCCCAUCUAAUCUGGUGAGCCCUUGCAAGUUUCUUCCAUUAAAUGGCCACAACAAGCUCCUUGCAGAGUGCCGCUCCAGACCUCGCCGGGCCAGAUUAAUUUUGCACAGAGCAGCAACAGUUCCGACGACCGCUCCUACUCUUUCCAGGAGCAGCCAGGGACGAGGCCGAUGAUAUUUUGACGCGAGCAACGUCCUUGCACGGAGAACACCGUGGUCUUACUGCGGAAAUGCCUAGCAGAUUGCUCCUCUCCCUUCACUCCCCAGGCAGCAGUGGCAGAGCUUCUCCUCUAAAGCUUUGGCUUGCCGAUCUAGUUCGCAGAAGCCAGAAGGAUUUGGUCACUAAAUUAAUUAGUGGACCCACUACAUUAAUUCCCUUAAUUCACCUUCAUAUGGAUUUCAGUUGGCCUACUAAAUCAUGGCACCUUGUGAUAUAUGGCUUAGAAGAAUCCAUACGUGGAUGGACUUCACUCCUCUCAUGGUGGCCGGGAAAAUACGGAGCAAAUACCUAACUUCAAUCAAAAUUUGUGGACCAGCAGACAAUCUUUAGUCCAGAAUCGGUCUGAACAAAAAUGGUGGGCCAUGGUUCUUGCAACAGAUACAACCCAAGUGGCCCAAUAUUUUAGCCACUUCAAAAAGAUAAGUACACUUUAAUUUUAAUAUUAUUUUUAUUUAAAUUAAUUUUUUGUCGGGCGAGCAUCACACUAUCACGCACUUAUGAUCAAAUACCUAGUAGAGUGUGGCUUGAGACCCAUCACUAGGAUUUAAAGCCCUGACUCCUCAGGCACAAAGCCCCGACCAAGUCGGGCAUGAAGACAAAACCCCGACCAAGUCGGGUACGAAGACCGGUCUUAGUCAUUCCUCGAGUGGCGACCGUUGCUUACGAAUGGCUCACACAUCCAUUCUACUAAGUAUUUUAUCAUUACAUUAGCAAUUCACAUCUCCACUUGUUUCAAGUGACGAACUCCCGAUCGGGAACAUAAAUCCCAAGAAAAUUUUUUUAUAUGUAUGAUAAAUGUGUAGGUACGAAGAUGACUUUACUCAUUUUCACCUCGUCUCCACUCGCCUCAAAGAGUGGGGACUGGGGGACUGAGGGGUCAGAGUUUCUAGAUGAGCAGAAAAUAUCACGCAAGAGCAGGAACGAGAGCUGAGUCAGUUGAAGAGGAGCUGAGCUGGAUUGAUUAUGCCGGAGGGGAUUUACCUUCCUUGUUUCAUGUUGGGGGCGCUAGGUCUACUCUUUUUCCCUUUAUUAGGAUUUUUUCCCACUGGGUUUUUCCUAGUAAAGGUUUUUAACGAGGCACCUCCCCAUAAUGGACAAGGGUGGUGGUGGUCCCCCGGUCGAAGAGGAAGAACGUUGCAGAUACAGUUUGGACUACUCCCUUUCGCCUCGAGUACUCUCGACUCAGGGAGUGGGGGACUCCUGAUGGAUUAUAUGGACUCCGAUCCCCCGGUAUGCCGACUACUAGGCCUGGACAGCGGCCCACACACGUUUAGCGGAUAUCAUUAAUAUUAUUGUACAUUAUUAUUAUUAUUCAGAUGUUCUAGAUCAGCUUUUUAUACUAUCAGUCCAUUUAUGUAACCGGGUCUGUCAGGCCCAUAUUAGAGGCCCAGACCCGGAUUUUCCCUAUAUAUACUCCUUAUAGGAGGCUUGUAACUCAUAUAACCAAUACUCAUUCUAUACACAUUUCCUUCUUCUUCAUCAUUUCUUCUUCACUCUUGUUCAAUUUCUCCUGUUUAUACAAUAUGGGUAUCAAUUAUCCAACCAUUUACGG